UCUAUCCCAGCCUGCUCUGCGGCGCGGGGGCAAGAUGGCUGCUGAGAAACAGGUUCCUGGAGGCGGAGGCGGCAGCAGCGGCGGCGGCGGUGGUGGCAGUAGCGGUGGUGGACGCGGUGCCGGAGGAGAGGAAAAUAAGGAAAAUGAACGGCCUUCAGCCGGGUCGAAGGCAAACAAAGAAUUCGGGGAUAGCCUGAGUUUGGAGAUUCUUCAGAUUAUCAAGGAAUCCCAGCAGCAGCAUGGUUUACGGCAUGGAGAUUUUCAGAGGUACAGAGGCUACUGUUCCCGGAGACAAAGACGUCUUCGGAAAACACUCAACUUCAAGAUGGGGAACAGACACAAGUUCACAGGGAAAAAAGUAACCGAGGAUCUUCUGACUGAUAACAGAUAUUUGCUUCUGGUUCUGAUGGAUGCUGAGAGAGCCUGGAGCUACGCCAUGCAGCUCAAGCAGGAAGCCAACACUGAACCCCGAAAACGGUUCCACUUACUGUCUCGCCUCCGCAAAGCCGUGAAGCAUGCCGAGGAGUUGGAACGCUUGUGUGAGAGCAAUCGUGUGGACGCCAAGACCAAGCUGGAGGCUCAGGCUUACACGGCUUACCUCUCAGGAAUGCUGCGGUUUGAACAUCAGGAAUGGAAAGCUGCCAUUGAGGCUUUUAACAAAUGCAAAACUAUCUACGAGAAGCUGGCCAGUGCUUUCACAGAGGAGCAGGCCGUGCUCUACAACCAGCGGGUGGAGGAGAUCUCCCCCAACAUCCGCUACUGCGCGUACAACAUCGGGGACCAGUCAGCUAUCAAUGAACUCAUGCAGAUGAGAUUGAGGUCUGGGGGCACUGAGGGGCUCCUGGCUGAAAAAUUGGAGGCGCUGAUCACCCAGACUCGAGCCAAGCAGGCGGCCACCAUGAGCGAGGUGGAGUGGAGAGGCCGCGCGGUCCCGGUGAAGGUCGACAGAGUGAGGAUCUUUUUACUGGGACUGGCCGACAACGAGGCGGCCAUCGCCCAGGCUGAAAGCGAAGAAACCAAGGAGCGGCUGUUCGAGUCCAUGCUCAGCGAGUGUCGGGACGCCAUCCAGGCCGUUCGCGAAGAGCUCAAGCCAGACCAGAAACAGAGAGACUAUCCCCUUGAUGGCGAGUCGGGGAAGGUGUCUAAUCUUCAGUACCUGCACAGCUACCUGACUUACAUCAAGCUGUCGACAGCGAUCAAGCGGAACGAGAACAUGGCCAGAGGCCUGCAGAAGGCGCUGCUGCAGCAGCAGCCGGAAGAUGACGGCAAGCGCUCCCCCCGGCCCCAGGACCUGAUCCGGCUCUAUGACAUCAUCCUGCAGAAUCUGGUGGAAUUGCUCCAGCUUCCUGGCUUAGAAGAGGACAGAGCCUUCCAGAAAGAAAUAGGCCUCAAAACUCUGGUGUACAAGGCUUACAGAUGUUUCUUCAUCGCUCAGUCCUACGUGCUGGUGAAGAAGUGGAGCGAAGCCCUUGUCCUGUAUGACAGGGUCCUGAAAUAUGCAGACGAAGUGAAUUCUGAUGCCGGCGCCUUCAAGAACAGCCUCAAGGACCUGCCUGACGUGCUGGAGCUCAUCUCGCAAGUGAGGUCGGAAAAGUGCUGCCUGCAGGCGGCCGCCAUCCUGGAUACAAAUGACCCCCAGCAAACGGAGACCUCGUCCCAAGUCAAGGACAACAAGCCCCUGGUGGAGCGGUUUGAGACCUUCUGCCUGGACCCUUCCCUCGUCACCAAGCAAGCCAACCUCGUGCACUUCCCGCCGGGAUUCCAGCCCGUCCCCUGCAAGCCCCUCUUCUUUGACCUGGCCCUCAACCACGUGGCCUUCCCACCCCUGGAGGACAAGUUGGAGCAGAAGACCAAGAGCGGCCUCGCCGGAUACAUCAAGGGCAUCUUUGGCUUCAGGAGCUAACCAGGCUCUUCCUGGGGGCAGGGGAGCCUGACGCUGGGUCUGUGUUGGGAGAAACGCCAGCAGGGUCCGUCUGUUAAAUCCAGGUCUGCGUUGGCCCAGGGCGGGAGUGUGACAGGCUCAGCCCUGCGUUCCUGUGUCUCGUGCGGUGUACACUUCCAUUCGUAACCAUUGUGCUGGGGGGCGCCCUGUCGGCUUCUGUAAACGUUUGGGGUCCUCCCCAGACCUCCCGGGGCGGGGCCCCUGCGCCCGCGGUCAGUGACAUGUUGGUGGGGAGCCCCGCCAGGCACGGAUGGGGACUUGAAUGUGUUGUCCUGUUGCUUCAGUACCAUGGAUGUGAAAUGAACUCAGCCUUGCUGCGAGCGUCCAGGCCCCCUUGAGGAGUUUGCCCAUGACUGGGAAACACUGCAGCGUCGCCCCAGAAUUACAGUCAGCCUUAUUCCCCUCCCUCCAAGUGAAAGUGAAGACGUUUCCGAACAAGCAAAGAGCUCUAUUUUUAGAAGAAAUAUGUUACCCUCAGAAAUGAUGAAAACAAAUCUUAUAUUAAAAGGCAAAGAUUCUGGG